AUGGACGAAAAUGAUCCCAUCCACCAAGCCAUCAGCACCUGGUUCUUAGGCCCUCAUGCAGAAAAUAUGUACAUCUUCAAGGAACACAUCGUUACCAUCCUGAAUGAGCUAGAAAGCGCUCGACAAAGCUAUGCUCCACACGACAAAAGGGCAAUUACGACCAACAUGCAGUACACCCCCGAGUUUCAGUCCUUCUCCAUGCGUAUCUCAGAAGCUAUCAGCUCCGCCAGUAAGAUACUGGCCAAACACUCCAUCCCUUACUGGUCUCCUCGAUAUGGUGGCCACAUGUGCAGCGACCUCAGCAUGCCCGCCCUGCUAGGCUAUUUCAUGGCGAUGCUCUAUAAUCCCAACAAUAUAACCCCGGAAGUGAGUCCCUUGACUACGGCCGUGGAGGCGGAAGUCGAAAGCCAAUUCUGUCAGUUAUUUGGGUACAACGUUGGCAAUGGCGACGAUGGGAAGGUCCCAGGAUGGGGCCACGUCACUUGCGAUGGGACGGUGGCGAACAUUGAAGCUAUGUGGGUUGCCCGAAACUUGAAAUAUUAUCCCCUAACGCUCUGGCUUGCUAUCACAGAGGGCGAUCUUGCGUUCGUCGCGGAUCGGUUCCUAGCUCGGACUUGUACCGGGGAGGAGAAGUUGCUCAAGAAUCUGGACACGUGGGAACUGUUGAACCUGCGACCUGAGACAAUCUUGAACUUCCCCGCUCAGCUUAACCGGACAUUUGGGAUCUCAGCACGCUUCUUGGGUACCGUGUUGACGAGGUAUAGCGUGCAGAAAAUCGGAACGGAAGCAUUGGACUGUAUAUUUGGAAUUGAGAAUCAAACGCAGUUUGUCCUGGGCAAGACGAAUCAUUAUUCGUGGGAGAAAGGCGGUGGGGUCUUAGGAAUCGGAUCGAAUAAUGUGGUCGGUAUUGAAGUGGACCUGAAGGGCAGAGUUGACCUCGAGAUGCUUCAAAUGCAUCUUCAUGGAUGCCUCGAAAGAAAACAAGCCAUCUACGCGGUCAUUGCGAUAAUCGGGUCCACAGAAGUUGGAGCAGUCGAUGGCCUAAGCAAGAUCCUCGCCCUGAGGAGUCAAUACCAAGCCCGAGGUCUGUCUUUCCUUGUUCACGCGGAUGCAGCCUGGGGUGGUUAUUUCACAACGAUGUUACCCCGCGACGAUGAUAAUCUACCCAUAACUUCCUCUCAGGCUUCCAGGCUCAAAGGGAGAAGCAGAGAAGUCCCUCAUCUAAUGAAAUUAAGUGAAGAUACGGAAAGCUCACUGGCUGCGCUUCAGCAUACCGACUCCAUCACAGUAGAUCCACAUAAAGCGGGAUAUGUUCCCUAUCCAGCGGGAGGAGUGGUCUAUCGUGAUAAGAGGAUGGGGAAUCUGAUAUCUUCUACAGUGCCAUACUUGGCGCAGGGUUCAGAAAGAAGUAUCGGUUCGAAUGGAUUGCAAGGAAGACCAGGCGCGGCGGCCAUGUCCAUUUGGCUGUCUAAUUAUUGCAUCGGACUGAAUGGCUCCGGCUACGGCGCGCUUCUCGGAGAAGUGUCUUUCAAUAGUGCAAAGAUGGCCGCGCACUGGGCAAUCCUAAGCUCCUCGAAAGACUCUUUUAUCUGUGUCCCAUUCAACAAAGUUUCAAUUGAAAGGGAUCGCAUUCAGUGGGACAUUCUUGACAGAUCCUAUGAGGAUAUCAUGAAAAGUAACACAGCCAAGCAAAGAGACCACCGAACCAUGCCCCUUAUGCGGAAGUUGGGCUCGGAUCUUAAUAUCAAUGCUUUUGCUUUAAACUGGAGCUAUAGUGACGGAUCGUUAAAUACUGAUAUCGAAGAGGCAAAUGAGUUGAUGACACGAGUGGUUCAAAGACUCUCGAUCGAUUCGCCAAAUGCUGACCCCGCUGAAGUGCCGUUUUAUUUGACUUCCACUGAGUUCUCUGUCGACAGAUAUGGAAGGUGCUUAGAGUCAUACAAGAAGAGACUCGGUUUGGAGAAGUCAGAAGACAACUUGGUCGUGCUCAGGAACACGGUCAUGAAUCCGUUCAUGGGUCGCAGUGAUUGUUUCCCCACGAUAAUGAGAGAAAUUCGAGCAGUUGUACAGGAGGAGGUUGAGUCUUGUCGCAACCGCAACAUAUUGACGACCGAGUCUGUCGACUUCCAUAUUCACGGCACUUGUAACGAGGUAUACCUAGUCAGUAGACCUUGUUUCCGCCAGGCAAAUCGCCGACAACAGGUCAUAUUCGCAGCCACUCUACCAUCAGCGAUCCAAAAACUCCACAAACGCGCCAAGAAAAGCAGACCUUCAACAAUAUGCUCGGUCACAGGAAUCUCCGGUAUUUCUCUGGCCAGAAUCAUAAGUUCUUUCGAACAUGACAGCCGAGCGGUAGUCAAUGAUAUAUCCUUCCAGGAGCCCAGCACGCCAACUCUCGCAUUCCCCCGACCCCUAACCCUCUCCCACCUCAUCGCCCACCACUCCCUAUCCCGGCGUACCCAAGACCCGAUCUACCCGGACGAAAUGCCUUUCUACCUCUACGGCAGGCCCUUCGACUGGCACAUCUCGCACAUAAUGGUCCGCGCACCCAACAUCGUUCUCAACGCCAGCAACAUCCAUCUCUGGAUAGAAAACAACAUAUAUGUCCCUUUCGCCGAGAUCAAACACAGCCUGAUCCUCACCUUCGCUGAUAUCCACGAAGCCUCGCGACACCCGUUCCCACCGUUGAACAAAGACUUGGGCCCGGACUUCUUUUUCCGCCCAGGGGAAUUGUUUCGGGUGAAUGUGUGGAAGGAUCCAGGGUUGUGGGGAGGUGAGGAUGGCGGGGUGUCCUUGAUGGAACGGUUGAGGGGGACAAGAGAUGCGAAGGUUGCGACAGGAUGGGUCCAGCUUGGGGAAGAAGUCUUUGUAGAUGUUGAGGAUGUUAAUAUGGAUGAGGAUGAGGUGAAGCGGUGCCAUGAUGGGGAUGAUGAGAGGAGUUGGUUGGAUGAGUUUGAGUUGAUGGGGAAGAAUUGA